AUGAAACCAAAAGUUAUCAGAGAUACCAGCAAAAUACCUGAAAUUUCUGAAGGUACCAGCAAAAUACCUGAAGUUUCUGAAGGUACCAGCAAAAUGCCUGAAGUUUCUGAAGGUAUCAGCAAAAUACCAGAAGUUUCUGAAGGUACCAGACCUGAAGUUUCUGAAGGUACCAGCAAAAUGCCUGAAGUUUCUGAAGGUAUCAGCCAAAUACUUAAAGUUUCUGAAGGUACCAGCAAAAUGCCUGAAGUUUCUGAAGGUACCAGCCAAAUACUUAAAGUUUCUGAAGGUAUCAGCAAAAUACCAGAAGUUUCUGAAGGUACCAGCAAAAUACCUGAAGUUUCUGAAGGUACCAGCAAGAGGGACAGAUCGAUGUUGGUGGUGGUGAAAAAAAGUCAGUUGACUAAUUUAGUGGACACUUGGGAGGAAGUUGUUAAACAAAAAUUAAAGCCCAACAAACCAAUGUUUCAUUAUAAGAAAGAUUAA